AUGCAGAUGAAAAAGAGCGCUGAUGCAAAACCACAGGAAGUCGGAGAUGGUCCUUGGUUCCUAAAGAAAUCAGAUGAAGAUGGAAUCUUUGUUAAACAAAAUGGGACACGCAUGCUUUCCUCUAACGGGCAAUUGCUUGGGAAGAUUCUUAAUGUUUCCGUACAGCCAAAAUCUCGAGGCGGCGACUCAAUAUUGGUUACAUGUGAAAAUUUGGCUGCAGUAAUGGGACAGACAUGUUUGCUACUAAAGCUUAAUAGCUUCGAUCCAAAUGGAUCAACUUUCUCAGAAGCGUUUGAAGGCCUGAAGACCGCCGAAGAGUUCGUAGAGGCGUAUAGAAAAUGCUCUGAUGGAGAUGAUCAGCUGAAACAGACGCCGAUAUGUGAGACUCCUAGAAGUACCAAAACCCAACUUAAACCAGUUGGCUUGGGCAAAAAAAAGCACAGUGGCACGAGUAUGGAAACCUUAGCGGAGCUAAUUUCCCCACCCAAAAAACAACGCGGCAAAAGCUUUGAUGACGACAUCGCCAUGCAUCAUCUAGGAAAAUUCAAAUUAAAACUGGACAUGCUAUCUGACUGCCCAGAUCAUUGGUUAGACCGUCCGGUGGAUACAGAUGCAGUCCAAAAUCUGAUCGAAAAGAUCAAAGAACAUUCGUCUCUCCAGACAGAGACACAAUCGUGGCUAGCGGUUACAAAUUUUAGCAAGUUGGACUUGGCUGCAGGUCAGACUGUCAAAGACUUGUUAAACGGAAGCGAUAUACGAGUCAUUGGAGGUCGACAUCGCCAUGCAGCUUAUAAGAAGUUAACAGAGAAGAAAAAAGAUGCCAUUGAUCCCUCUCUGUCAGCACGGCUAGAUAAGGUGUGGGUGUCUGUUUACGACGACAAGUUAACCGACGAACAAAUAAAAAGGCUUGCUUACAUGCAUAACUGCAUCGAUGAGGGAAGCCGAAUUACUCCCUGGAUAGACCGUGUAAAAACAUGUAGAGCCUGGGCUUAUCGUUUGGCGAAAAGAGAUCUUGACGAGCCAACCCCUGACACUUCAUCAGAAUGGCGAAAAUCCUGUCACAGGAUGUUCGUAAGUUCGGAAAAGGAUGUUGCCAGUCUGGAACCGACACUCCAGGCUGCACUACUUGCCAAACCAGUCUGGGAGAAAUUUGUGGAAGUUGCUGAUUUGUAUAAAAAAUCAAAACUAAAAGACAUGGUGGAAAAUAAACCAUCAAGAAGGCGAAGUAUGGAUAUCAAACAGACACAGAUUGGAAUGCCUCUACAAGGACUUGAUCAGCAGUCCAAGCUAAAUCUGCUGGGCCAGUUGGUGGAAAAAAAAAUUUCCUUAAAAACCUUUGUUGGAAUGGCAGCCUCCAUUAAAAAUAAGAAAAAAAUAGCCGAGGCAUUCAUGCAGUACAGUGGAACGCAGUCCUGGGAAGAGCUUCAGAGAAGAUUUCCUCGCCAUGCAACAGAGGAAAAGCUCUCCCAGUUCAGCAAGCUAAAAAUCAAAGGGAAAGCAAUCCCAAUGGAGCUGGCGAACUUCUUUCAACGUGCCAUGGAAGUAGAAAGUCAAUCCAACACGGAAGAACUUCUACGCCUGAACGUUGAAGGCGAAAAGGGGGUCCAUUUUUUUAAAUGCCCCGAGAACGAAAGUGUGGGAGUUAUGCUUCCUGGUGACUUCUGCAGUUUAAACCCGUCUUUAAUAAGGAGAGCAAUACCUAAUUUCAAAGGAUUUUCACUGUCCAUUGUCUCUCUUAAUGUGGAUGUAGAUGUAAUUUCGCUGAAAAUGUUUUUAUCAACUCUACAUUCGCUGAAUGUAAAUAUGGACUGCUACAAUGUCAUCUUCCAAUUACCGAAUUCUGAAGAAAUACACAAAGUCAAGAGCCAGAUGGAAAAAAUGAGUGUUACUCAGUUGGCUUACUUUGCAGCUGAUGUAAACCCGAAGGCGAAAACACCAACCGCGCGUCUCCAAAAUGUAGUCUCACCAUUAGUUAUCGGACAAUGGUCGAGGUAUGGGGAGCCGAUGGAAGGAAAUUUAAUUGGAGCCAACCACUCCAAUCUGUUCACCGCGGAAAACGGCCUAGAUAAAAUGGUCAACGUAUUUACGUUUGAGGGAAGUUGGGUUUUGGAUCUGUCAUCGAUUUUUGAAG